GGCUUCCCACACUCUUUCUUUCAGCUCGUGGCUGGGCGAAUCUCACACCCAUCUCCGACGGAGAGUACUCGAGGAAUCAGCAGCUCCGGAAGUUGAAGAGCAAAGCCGCCGGCGACACUCUCCAGCAAUGUGUACCUCACGCGCCGCCGUCCUGCUCUUCUCCCUGCUCGUGAGCUCGGCCAUAUCAGCUCUCGUCUCUGCUCAGAAAUCUACCACUACUCCAUGGCGAACUCUAUCUGGGAAUCCACCAUUAGUCAUUGCAAGGGGUGGAUUUUCAGGGAUCUUUCCGGAUUCUAGCUCUGCUGCCUACAGUUUGGCAUUGAUGACAAGUGUACCUGACGUGGUAUUGUGGUGUGACGUCCAAUUAACAAAAGAUGGGGCUGGCAUAUGUGCUCCAGAUGUCAAGUUGGAGAACUCUACCAGCAUUGCAAGUCUUUUCAAGGAUAUGGGUAAAACAUACUCUGUUAAUGGUGUGCCUACUCAAGGAUGGUUCUCCAUUGAUUUCACCCUGAAUGACCUUGCUAAUCUCUGCACAGUAAUUCAAGGAGUAUAUUCUCGAACUUCUAAGUUCGAUGGCAAUCUCUUUCCAAUAUUCACAGUCCAAGAUGUGGUCAGUCAGUUGAAACCACGACCACGUGCAUUAUGGUUGAAUAUUCAGCAUGACAUGUUCUUCACGCAACAUAACUUGAGUAUGAGAAGCUUUGUGAUUUCCACGUCUAGAAGUGUAGUUAUCGAUUAUAUCUCAUCACCAGAGGUGGGCUUCUUAAGGAGCAUUGCUGGACGAGUCAGCCCAACCAGGACAAAGUUGAUCUUCAGGUUUAUGGGACAAGAUGAUAUUGAGCCUUCAAUCAAGCAGACAUAUGGUUCUCUGUUAAAGAAUCUUACGUUUAUCAAGACAUUUGCUUCUGGGAUACUAGUACCAAAGGUUUAUAUAUGGCCUGUUGAUGUCAAUAACUACUUGCAAGCUCAUACCUCUCUUGUAUCAGAUGCUCAUAAAGCAGGGCUCACAGUUUUCGCAGCUGAUUUUGUAAAUGAUGUUCCUCUUAGCUACAAUUACAGUUUCGAUCCUGUGGCUGAGACUCUAUCUUACAUCGACAAUGAUGCAUUCUCUGUAGAUGGUGUGCUCUCUGAUUUCCCGAUAACUCCAUCUGCAGCCAUUGACUGUUUUGCUUAUCCAAGCAAAAAUAGUUCGGGACAAGCUAUGCCAUUGGUUAUUUCGCUCAAUGGGGCAAGUGGGGAUUAUCCUGGUUGCACUGACUUAGCAUAUUCACAAGCUAUUUCAGACGGGGCUGACAUUAUUGACUGUCCUGUUCAAAUGUCGAAGGAUAGGAUUCCUUUUUGCUUGAGCUCCAUAAAUCUUAUAGGUAGCAGUAACGUUGCAACAACACAAUUUCGUGACCGUAUGACAACAGCUCCAGAGAUUCAGUCAGGGCCUGGGAUAUUCAGUUUUAGCCUCAACUCAAGUGAGAUCCAGCAGUUGAGACCUGUAAUUGCAAGUCCAUUUUCGCAGUACAAAAUAUUCAGAAAUCCAGCCAACAGAAAUGUUGGAAAUUUCCUAUCGUUGUCAAGUUUUCUCACCUUGGCAAAAAAUUCUUCAUCCAUAUCUGGUGUCUUGAUCAACAUAGAGAACGCUGCCUACCUUGCCAAAGAUCAGUCAUUGAGCAUAACUGAUGCUGUUCUUGAUGCUCUGAGUAAAGCUGGUUUCAAUAACCAGACAGGGAAGAAGGUUAUGAUUAAAUCCACCAACAGCUCUGUUCUGAUGAAGAUCAAAGAGAAUGCCAAUUACGAGCUUGUGUAUGAGGUUGAUGAGAACAUUCGUGAUGCCACUAACGCUACUGUUCUGGACAUAAAAGAUUUUGCCGACUCUGUGGUUGUCAAGAAAACUUCUGUCUUCCCAACAAAUGAGGCUUUUCUUACUGGUGUCACAGAUGUUGUGACAAAGCUCCAUGCCUUCAAGCUUCCCGUUUAUGUGCAAACAUUCAGCAAUGAAUUUGUGUCCCAAGCAUGGGAUUUUUUCUCUGAUGCAACUGUUGAGGUGAACUCUUUUGUCAUGGGAGGCGAAAUCGAUGGUGUGAUCACUGAUUUCCCCAAGACUUCUGCUUCCUACAAGAGAAACAAAUGUUUAGCCUUGGGCAGCAAAAUCCCUGCCUACAUGAGUCCUGUUCAGGCUGGCAGUCUCCUGGAGGUGAUACCUCGUCCAGUGUUACCACCUGCUCAAGCUCCAUACCCUGUCCUGACUGAGUCGGAUGUUGCGGAGCCGCCAUUGCCAGCCGUACAAAAAGCAUUAGCUCCCACUGCAACUGAUGGGUCCACUGCAGAAGCGCCAUCACAGGGGAAAAGUGGCCAGCCUAAACUUCCUGCUGGUAUCUUGCUUUCGAGUGUGGUGAUGCUCCUCGUGACCUUGUUUCUACUUUGAAAUUCUAUCUGGCAACUGGUGACUCGAGGCCGUAUUCGAUUUUGCCAUUUCAUUAAGCGGAUUUUUGACUGUUCUGGAGGUCUUACUUCCUGUUUAUGGAGUCAACUAUUGGAGCUUUUCCCACUUUUGACUUGAAGCAGUGAAUUGCAUUCCUUUCUUCCAUGGAUUAGGUAGAUUCGUUCUUCUUGUAAUCCACAAACUUUUUCCUCUGAGGUACAUGGUUAUUUCUCAUUCCUCUUUCUCUUUCUUUCAUUUCCUUUUUGUAAAGGGAUCAUUCUCGUGUAAUUAGUAUUGUGAGCACCGAUUGUUUUAGCCCACUAUUUUGCAUUUAAUUCGUCAUCUGCUAUUGCAGCUAA